AUGAAUUUCUUCGCCAUGCGCUGCUUUCCUUUGAGGAAGAACCAACUUCUCAUUCCCAAUCGAAUUGAAUCUGUUACAACUUACUCUUCUUUACCUAUCACCUUACAACCCACAUCUCUUGCAAUGGCAAUUGUUUCUGAGAAUCCCACCGCGACCAAUCUUGUCAGUGCGAUGUCUCCAUAUGAGGAUUUACACCAAGCAAAGGCGAUAGACAAGAAGGAAAUUCUCCCAACAGAGCAAGAAGAUGCGCCAUCUUGUCUCCAACUGGGCUCUCUUGCACGCUUGAUUGGAACCAUCAAACUCAAGAAAGAGCUUCAAAAACCAUCCUCUCCUCCAGUCGGCCUUGACGCACUCUUACUUGAGCCUGUUGGAAGUGCUAAACAAGAUGCAGAGUCUGAUAACGAAACUCAAGUCGCGCACCCUGCCAAAUUCCUAAUACUCGUUCCCCUCCUCAAAACACCCAGAAUCAAGGGCAUUCGGUGCGAAGGCGAGCAUUACCAUUAUUAUGGCAUUACUUCCCCAGACGUUAUUGUAGCAGAAGCUACAAAGUUUAUAUCUGAAAACAGCAGUGUUUUCCGAUGGUCUGUCAAGAAAACACUUGCUAAGUUCCUUGCUCUCACCAUCCAGGACUCCAAAGAUGGCUGUCAAGUCAAUCCCGAAGCUGUAUGGUUCGUAGUAAGAAUGACGCAAAAGUCAGACGAAUUUGUCAUCCCUCGCUGGCACAGAGACGGUCACAUGAUAGAAUGUACCGACGCAAAUCACGCCUUGCAUUGCAGAUACGCGACUACUUUGUUGGGACCUACAACUCUUGUUCUCCAAGAGAUAGAGGUGGUCACACAGGGAAUGAAACAACAUGUCGGAAAGAGAAAGGAGACGGCCAACGCGCUUGCGGGAGAAAAACCUCUUGAAAUCACUCGUGGUCAAAUCAUUCGCUUUUCUUGGGGUCAACAAGAUAGUCCUGUUCACUCGGAGCCAGAUCUUGUCGCUGAAAGAGUGUUCAUUUCCUGUAUUUAUGGAAGUAUGAGCGAGAUCAAAGACAUUGCUGCCACUCGCAGACAAAUGAUUGGCGAUCUCCAGGCUCAAUUCAGGAACGAGUAA